GAAAAAAGUUACUAAUCUUCAUCAUUAUUCAAGUGAUUGAGUACCGUAAGAUACAUUGCAUAGAAUAAUUGUUUUUUGUUUCAUUGAAAUGGCCACUAUGGUUCAAAUGGCGAACAAUUUAUUAUUAUUUUUAAUCGUAUUUUCUUGGUCUUUAUCAAUUAUCAAUACCCAAGAAAUUACUACUGCUGCAUCUGAAGAAAGUGAAACUAUUUGGUCAUCAUGUAAUGAAGAAUUCAAAUAUCCAAUGGCAGCUAAAGAUGUCAAAGUUUAUGUUAAUCAAUGUCCACCAGUGAACGGUAACGAAACUCGUUGUAAACUAACUAAAGGAAUUGAUGCUGUAUUGAAAAUUCAAUUUAGAACAAUCGCUAAGGUACCAUCAAUUGAACGGAUAAUGGUUGCACGUGUUCCAGUGGCAGGAAACAUGGUUGAAAUGCCAUAUGGACCAUCGAUGAGUCCAUGUGAAAAUUCAUCAACCAUCGCCGAUGAUGGUAGCGAAUGUGUCGAUAAUGGUGUUGUGCCUGACAAAUAUUAUACAUUCACAUCUUUAUUUAAAGUGUUGAAAAGUUUUCCUACUGUUCAAAAUAUCUCCACUCGAAUCAUUGUACGACAGAAAUUGGAUGACCAUAAAAAAAUACGUCUAUAUAAAAAACAUCCUGGACCAAUGUUGUUCUGUGUUUUGGUACCAAAUAUUGAAGUAGUUGAACAAACAAUUGCAAUCGAUUAGUUUUUUUUUGUUAAAAAACUGUUCAUUUUAAUUGAUAGAAAUUUUUGUUCAAAGAAAACAACUCAUGAUUAUAAUUCUAAUAAUAAAUUACCAAUUAUUUGAUCGCGUAA